AACAAAAAUGGCGGUCGGGCUUGUUCUUUCUUUCCUAGCAGCAUCGAUUAUCUUCCCUCUCUUCACACUUAUUUUUUGUGGGUUUUUAUUCGUUCAGAACUUGCACAAGAGGCACUCCCGCAUUCCGGGACCGAAAAGAGACAGCUUCAUUUGGGGAAACGUUAAAGAAUUUCAACCACAGCACAACAAGAAGGCAAGGUUUCUAGUUUUCGAAGACUUGGUGGGAAAGCAUGGAUCUGUCUUGGUAACGUGGGAUAUGAUCAAGCCUGUAGUUACUGUAUCAGACCCAGAAGUUUUAAAAUCCAUCUUUAAGCCUGCAGAUUUUAAAGAUGUUAGUUCUCGCGGAGAAUUUGAGACCAUUUUUGAGCAGAGAUUCCUUGGAAAAGGAGGGAAAUUCGACAGCUGUUCUUUUUUUGAUAAGAAAUUCAUGGAAAGACAGAUGAAGAACUUUAACCAUUGUUGUGGAGCGUUCUUAGAGGAACUUAAGAAAAGGGCAAAUGGUGGGGAUGAAGUAAAGAUGGCAGAUAUGUUUUCAAAAUUAACAUCUGAUUUGAUUGCUAAGAUUGCCUUUGGUUUUGACCUUAACUGCAUUGCAGACUCAGAUGUGCCAUUUUACAAAGCAUUGAGAGCUUGUCAAGAAGCAUCUUGGUGGAAAUUAUGCAAUCCUUUUCACAAGUGGGAUAUUGGGAGCUAUGAUUACCAAAAUGAUGUGAUUGAAGCUGUCAAAUACUUAAGAGAUUUUGGUAAAAAGGUUAUAGACAGCCGCAGGUCAGCCAUGGAGGAAGGGGAAGCCAUUCUUGAGGAUUAUCUAACAGGCAUGUUCAGAGCUGUUGAUGUUGAUAGUUCUCUUACAUUUGAUGAUAUGUUGGAUGAGUUUGUCACUGUUUUUAUUGUGGGUCAGGAUCAGCUCACUAGUCUUUUGUCAAACUUCCUAUUGGUGCUCUUCCAGCAUCCACUCAUUGAAGAAAAGCUGUACGAAGAAGCAAUCAAUGUUGUCCAAGGAAGUAGAGAUGUUGCCAUUGAAGACCUUGAUAAGCUGAACUAUAUGUAUUGUGUUACCAAGGAGACACUGCGUCUGAAUCCUCCUAUCCCUGCAGUUUCCAUGGAAACAACUAAAGAAGAAAAACUUGGGGGUUACUUGAUUCCCGAGAAGACGACAGUCCAAAUCAUACCUUAUAUCAUGCAGACUGAUCCUAUUGCAUGGAGCAAUCCCAAGGAAUUUAAUCCUGAAAGGUUCAUGGAAUCAAAAGAGUUGAGCAUUGCGGCACAGUUGCCAUAUUGCUUGAGGAAGCAUUGUUAUAUCAAUGACAACUUUGCUGAAUGUCUGGUGAAAGCUCUCUUUCCAUGUUUGCUGCAGAAGUUCAAGUUCGUUCUUGUUCCUGGUCAAGAUGUGAGACCACAAGAAGAGUUGACUAUCUUGCCUAAAGAUGGUGUUCUCUGUACAAUGACUCUGAUUUAGUUAAGGAAAAUAUAUUAGCUACUAAUAUAAACAGUUCAAAAGCCUGUAACUUUUAAAUUCUAAUUGCAAAGAAAGGUGCAAUGAUAAGAUUAAUACAAUCAUGUAGAAGUAUGACACUUCUUAAUUCCCACAUUCGUUGCUUCGAAUUUCCUUGUUUUGUUUAGAUUUGCAAGGGGAUAUUUUUGUUGUUUUUUYCCCCUCAUACUAUUACCUGUUUUAAAAUAAUAUAAUUUUAAAUGAAUAAUAAAAUAGUGGAGGCAUUUGUCAUGAUAUUGGCUCAACACACGACAAAUGCAAAUGGUUUGCAAAUAUAUAUACAGCCCCUGUAUAUAUAUUUAUACCUUUCUUUGUAAAUAUGGGAAAAAUUGGAUAUUGCAUUUCAUUAUUGAGCCUUUCCGGUUUUUGACCUGGCUGAGGAAAUUCUGGGGUAAGUGUUUGGAAACAAAUUAUAAAAUCGUAUUACUUGGGUUCUAAGAAUAUUUACAGUACUAGCUAGAAAAAUCCUGAGGGGGAGGGGGUCAGGUGAACUGCACUGCACUGGAAAUUCAGUCUCUUUUUAGUUAUAAGCAUGUGCUGAAACUGGUCGUGUCUAUAUGUGUUUUUUUUUUUUU